AUGCUGCCCCUGUUGCAUUGCGUUUUAAGACUACCCUUGGUGCUACUGUCACAGCCCUUAUUUUCUUUCUCCGCCCUAUUCGUUAUUCUUUUCUCCUUGAGAGCGGUAUUCUUACCAAUUUCAGGAAAGGUAGAACAAACUUGGUAUUGCUGUUUUACAACGGUAAAGAGUAGGAAAAUACAAAAUUGGUGGUUUGCCCUGUUUAAAAAUUAUGUACUCACCAACACUCCUCGUGCCGGUAUGGAACGACUGUUCGCUACGAGGGCAAAGUAUUAUUUUUCUGUGCCAGGACUGGUUGAGUAUUGUCCGCCACGCGAUCUUUCACUCGCUGCGAUAUGGUACGGUAACCCGCGUGGUACACUGAGUGCGUUGUUCAGAGCAAUUUGAUGCAUGCGAUGGCAUUGAACGUAGCUUUUCUUACGAAAGGUGUGGUGAUAAAUAAACGAUUUUCA